AUGUGUCUGUUUCCUUCCUGUGUUUGCAAACCCUGCAGUCAGAUACGGAUGCCUGGGCUCAGAAGCGGCGAGUGGAGCUGAGAUUUCAGUCCUGCCUGGGGACUUUAUGCUAGGAUGGCCCUGCAGUCACUGCCUCUGAGCUUUCUCCUGGCCCUUGCAUCUCUACUGUCAGCACAUGGCCAGGAAGAUUUUUUCAACAUCCAGAUAGUGCCACAGGGAACAGAAAUGUGCCAAAGGCCCCAGUGGGACUCCAGCCUCCAAUUGGCACCAGACCAGGUGAAUUAUAAGAAGAAUGAAGUAGUGAUGCUGAGCUGCCCUGAGGGUUUCCAGCCAUCCUUCACCCAAGUCAAAUGUUCGAGUGAAGUCCAGUCUGUCUCUGGUGGGAAACCUGUAUACAGAGAGGUCUGGACUGGAAGAAACUCCCGAGGUUCCUGGGUCCGCAUUCGCUCUAGCGUGGAGUGCAGAGAAGUGCUCCAGGUUGACCAUGAGACCUUUGAGAUUUCCAGCACCAGCAUCAAACUGAAAUGGACCUGCAGGUUCCCCAGUGCCUGCCAGGGCAUGAGGGCCAUGUGCCAGCUGGGAGCACCUCCCUCCCCUCCCUGUGAGGCUGAGGAGGUGAACGUAGAGCAGAUGUUACAUGGCCAGGAGGGAGCAUUCAUCUGCUCCCCUUUGCAGCCCUUCACUGAGUACAGAGUCACCUUCUACUUGCCCCCCAACACAACUCUUUUCUCAUGGUUGUUCAUGACACAGGAAACAGUGCCGGACAAACCAGAGCAGCUGUGGCUGGAUCCCAACAGGGGCUCUCUCAGGUGGAGCGCACUGCCCUCCUGCAAUGGGGAGAUCAUUGGAUACCAGGUACCCAGGGACCAGGGCAGACCCUCACCUCAUGGCCUGGAGCUCUGUGCAGGCACACUGGGAACUGUGGGCAAGGGACAGCUGGGAUGAGCCACAGUUCCCAGCCAGUAAAUAUCUGGCUUUGAUGAGCACAAGCAUUUUCUGUGUCAUUCUCAACAUACUUCAUGCUAUGAAGAUGCCCAGAGAUGUGAGUGCUCCAUGUCCUCUGGGCUUACUUCCUGGGUCUCUUCUGCUUUGGGUUUGGCAGGCUUUUGGAGGUUGGUGUGCAACACAUGGUGACGUGUUUUCUGCAGUGGCAUACCAGGGUUUCCUGUGCCUCUUGCAUACUUGUUUCUCGUUCCUACCACAGAAAAACUUGUGGUUUGUGUAAUUCUCUGAAAGUCCCUCCUGAAAGCCCCUUCUCCAGAGAACCGCACCGUUCUGUUGAGUUUUCAUCAAUGCAUGGCUAGAAACAUCUCCUCUGUCUCUGGAUUUGGGACACAUUCCACAGCAAAACCCUACCCUCCAGCAGUGGGAUGGGGUUUGUGUGCUGGUGCCAUUUUUCUCAGAAUGGUCUAGGUUCUCUCUGAGGACAGAGGUCUCCACAGUGUGACAGGGACCUUGCAAGCUAUUUCUUAGCUCUGUCCUGGAGAAACUGUCAGACAAGCUCUUGACAACCUGCAAGCCUGUUCAGCUAAAUUCCUGCUCCCAGACACAAGUGUUCAUGAAAAGAAUCCUUUUAUUCCACUUUCAUUUCUCUACAAUUUUGCAUAAGCCUAGAAUAUAUUUCUGUAAAGACAGCAAGUGAGAAUGGAUAGGGAUCUCAUGACAAAUUCAGAUGAUGCAUGGGCAAAUGGAGACUCUUCAUCUCUAUUACUCAUUAGUCGUUCUCCUUUUGUCUUAGAGAAAGCUUUCAGAGUCCAGCUUUACACAACAAAAAAGAGAAGCUCAAAUAACUCUGGUAAAGGACGUUGCCUGAGUAGCUCUGGUGUUGCAAAAAUACAGGGGUAACCUGUCCUCGGGCUCAGUACUUAUAUCUAGAGUCCUUCAAGAGAACAGCCUACCUCCUCCCUUCUCAGAUGCCCAGCCCUUUGCUCACAGACGUUGCUGCUCACACAUCCUUAGUGUUGGCUCCAAAUUCCUCCACUACUCUCCAUUCCUUUGUGCUCCCCGCGUGGGGCUGAGGCUCCCGCCCGUUCCUCUCCGGAGCCUU